GGAGUUGCGUAGCUUGGUCAUUGAGAUGGUCUUGUCAACAGAUAUGUCGGGUCAUUUUCAACAAAUUAAAACGAUGCGACAUACUCUACAGCAGACACAGGGGGUAGACAAAGCCAAAGCCAUGUCUCUGAUUCUACAUGCAGCAGACAUAAGCCAUCCAGCGAAAUCCUGGGAACUGCACUACCGGUGGACCAUGGCCCUGAUGGAAGAAUUUUUUCGACAGGGAGACAAGGAGGCUGCUUUAGGUCUUCAGUUUUCCCCCCUCUGUGACCGCAAGUCCACUUUGGUAGCUCAGUCCCAAAUAGGUUUCAUUGAUUUCAUAGUAGAACCAACAUUUUCUCUUCUUAGUGACUCAAUGGAGAAAAUUGUUAUGCCUCUUAUAGAGGAAGCGUCAAAAACUGAAAGUCCUGCAUCUGGGACCCCCAGCCAAAAUAGUUUGGGAGCAGUUAGCAAUGUGGAAGCACAAAGACGACCUGGUUUUAAGAGUACAAGUGAUGGAGGGACUCAUACAGAAAAUUCUCUAGCAAGCGUAGACCUAAGGAGCUUUAGGGACAACUUGAUGAAGAUCAUUCAAGCAAACAAAGAAAGAUGGAAAGAAUUAGCAGCAGAAG